CGCUGCUGCACCCCCAGGAUGUGCGCGGGCUCGGCGCUGCGGCAGGAGGAGUUCCACCGGCAGGAGUACCGGCAGGAGUACCGGCGCUGCCUGGAGCGGGAGUUCCGUCAGGGCCGCGCCGGGCCCUGCUCCGACCCCUCCUUCGGGGAGCGGCUGGGGCAGCGGCUGCGGCGGGAGCCGGCGGUGCUGGGGGCCCUGCAGGAGGACGCCCCGGUCCUGCUGGCCCGUGGCUUACGGGACCGGCCCGACCCGGGACCGGCGCUGCGGGGCCUGGCCGGCGCCUUCCAGCUGCUGGAGCUGGCGGCCGUCAACCUCUACCUCUUCCCCUGGCGCAAGGAGUUCGGCACCGUCCAGACCUUCUCCGGUGCGUACAUGCAUUUGCUGCGCCCGGCGCUCCCCGAAGACGACUUGGUGCGGAGCUUCGGCCGGUUGGGCUAUGAACGGCGUGGCUGGCACUGUCUGGCCGUCACCCGGCCGCUCUCCAAGCCCGAGCUGGUCGCUGCCGCCUGCGGCUUCUUUGCCUGCCGGCUGGAGUGUGAGAUCCUGGCAGAGGUGGUGAGGCGGCUGCGGCCGCGCCAGCUGCGCGCCGAAGAUCUGCUGGAGGCACGCCGGCUGGCCGGGGACGUGGAGGCCUGCGUGGAGAUGCUGCAGCAGCUGGGGACGCAACAUGAGGCGGCUGCCAACUGUGGCGACAGCGUGGAUCUCUACCAGGAGACACCAGCUGGCCCCGAGGACGCAGGGGGAGAGGACGCAGCCCCCGCAGUGCCAUGGAGGGACCCUGGCAGCCCACGGGGUGCUCAAGAUGUGCCUGGGAGGAGCUGGGACCACCGCAGAGAUGGCAAGUGUGGGCAGGAGCCGGUGCCCUCCCUGGGCAACCCCAACCUGGACACCUCCUCCUCUCUCCUCUUCCUGGAGCAGGAGCUCAGCGGGGCUGGCAGCCCACUCUCCACCCUGGCUGCAGGGAGCAGAAGCCCCCAAGUGCCAGGGGAGCCCCAAAAUUCACCAACCUCCCCCAGCCAGGAAGCCCCCGAGCUGCCCUGCUACCAGCUGCACUCCUGCUUGCGCCGGGGUGCAUUGCCCUCCUACUGCUGCACCACCUGCCAGCAGCUCCAUGCCAGCACCUGCGCAGCCGGGCAGGCCUGCCGCACCCACCACCACGGGCAGGAGCUGCGCAGCGAGAGGCAGCAACGGCUCUGGCUGCAACGGACAGAGGUGGACAUGCUGCUGGCCGACAGUUCCGCUCCCUGGUCCUAGCACCCCUUGGGGUUCUGCUGCUGGCUGCACCCGUCCCUGCCGUGGCUGGAAGGGGAUGGGGACGGCCAUCGCUCAGCCUGAGGGACACCGAACUCGCCCUGCUGGGAGGUAGCGGUGCCUGUGCCGUGCUCUGCUUUGCCCCCGGAGCAGUAGGAGCCUGCCAAGGCUCCAGGGGGAUGGGUCCCUGCUCCAAACCCAGCGCUCCCGCUGUAAAUGGCUUGGUGCAUCUCAGUAAAGC